GUGGAAUACGCCCUUGGACUUCCUUACAAUUCUCUCAACAUAGACGACCCAAGGAAUAUCUUUCAGGUCAAGCUUGAUUGGCUUCGACUUUUCAAUGAUAAUCGAUGGCUUUUAUUGCCCUCUAUGGAACUUGUCAAGCGCAUAUUCGAUGGACACAAAAUCAAUCAAGAUAUCACCACGCUCUACGAUGAUGCCAGAACGUUCCGUUAUCGAUUUGUGCCACUUGGCCCAAGGCGAAUCAUGAGCCUCCUCAGACAAUCUCGAAGUUCCGUUAAUGAUGCAAGUCUAGACGCCGAUAGGAAUUCCGAAUUGAUCGAUUAUCCGUUCACAAAUUUGCCCGAGCUAGAGUCACACGUCUAUCCCCACUGGGCUAUCCUCAAUGCUGGGAGGAAGCUUUUUUGUCACUGGGAUCGUACGUUCACCACCCUGACUAACCACGUCUCCAAAGCCUAUGGGGUGCCCACCCCCGAGGCGGUAGAGUUCCUCAAGAACAUAGAGGCGAUCUAUGAGAGGUGG